AUGAAACUGUUAGGUAGUGUGAGUUUCAUCACCAAGAGUUUUGACUAUCAUCUGCUGAAGCCAUGGCUGGGCGAUGGGCUAUUACUGAGUACGGGCGGCAAGUGGCACUCGCGGCGCAAGCUGCUCACGCCGGCCUUCCACUUCCGGAUCCUCGAGGACUACCUGCCCGUCUUCACGCGCUGCAGCCGCGUGCUGGUGGAGAAGUUGCGCGAGCGCACGGGCGACCCUUACGUGCCCGUCAACGACCUCAUCACCCUCUGCACCCUCGACGUCAUCUGCGAAACAGCUAUGGGAACGCGAAUCGAUGCUCAAGAAGGCAAAGGAGUUGAAUAUGUGUCUGCUGUACUAAGGAUGAGCGAGCUGUUCCAGAAGCGCCAGCUGACCCCGUGGCUGUGGCGGCCGUGGCUCUUCGCCCUCAGCCCCACUGGCUUCGAGCAGCGUCGCGUGCUGCGCCAGCUGCACGGCUUCACCACGCGGGUCAUCGUGGAGCGGCAGGCGGAGCGGCGGGCGGCGGGCGCCGACUCCUCGCCCAAGAAAAAGCGCCGCCUGCUGGCGCUGCUGGACCUGCUGCUGGAGGUGGCCGAGUCGGAGCCCGGCGCGCUCUCCCUCGACGACAUACGCGAGGAGGUCGACACCUUCAUGUUUGAGGCA